AUGUCUGAAUAUUCACUCAUUAAUAAUGUCAAAGAAUUUGAGAAUUCACAUGAUAUUUUUUAUCAUGACGUUUAUUUUUUUGAUGAAAUUAAUGAUCUUUAUUCAAAGAUUGAACAAAGAGAAUUUUUUAUUACUAGAUAUCAAAUGUUUUUUAGUGAAUGUUUGGGUGAUAAAUACGAGAUACUUUAUUCAGAAUUUAUUCAAGAAUUUUUACAUAUUGAAGAAUUCAAUAUGAAUUUUGAUAAGGAUGGGUUUUCUUAUUUCGGUUUUGUUAACGAUCUUGAUUUAAAAAUCAGAGAAGGAGAUUUUUUCAUUUCUCAAUUUCAAAUGUUUUUUUAUGAAAAAUUGGGUAUGGAGUAUAUGAUUUUACUCUCAGAAUUCAUACAAGAAAGUAAUGAUAUUGAAGAUAAUAUGAUUUCAUUAUGCAUUGAUGAUAUUUCUGAUUCUCAGAUUGAUGAAUUGGAAAGAAGUUAUUUUGAUUUUUCACAUAUUGAAGAAAGUGAAGAGAGUGAAGUUGUUGAUAAUGAUUACAUCAGUGAUGAAGGGUAUUUUAGUAAAACCGAACAAUCUUCACCAAUGUUUUGUCCAUCAUCACAUCCUCCUAUUAUCAACAAAAAUUCAAUAUUACCUUUAUCAAAAGAUGAAGCAUGGAUUUUAUGUAGAAUUUGGGCUAGAAUUGCGAUUCCGAUACUCUGGCAAAACCCAUUCAAAUAUUGGCAAGAUAAUCCAAAUAUUGAUUCUUUAAAACAAAUUAUUUAUUAUAAAUUAAAAGAUGAACAAGAUAUUUUAAAAAUACAUUUUCCAGUAAAAGAUGAAUUUAUUCCUUUUUUUUCAUAUCUGAAAUAUGUCAAGGAA